AUGUCCAAGGUCCCCGAGUCGGCCGCUAUUGCCGACCACCACUUGUCGAUCCUCUGGGUCCUUAUAACGCCGUGGAUCCGAAGGACUAGAGCGGAAAGAGGCAUUGGAAUCGACAAGCAGCUCUGCGGCUUGCUAGACUCGGAGAGCUAUGAAUCUACGAAUAACAUCAGAAGCAGUUCCUGA